CCAGUUAAUUGUAAUUACGAAUUAAAAUUUGAUACGAAAAAAAGGCGGAAUCGCAGUGCCAUCUAUUGGAUUGUAAAGGAGAAAAGCGGUAAACGGUCUUUCGUUCAGUUGUUCAUUCUGAUGAUCAUCAAGGUAGAACCAACAUCUUAAAUCGGGUUUACCUGUUUCACUUGAUGAUUUUACCGUCAGUUGAUCACUUCACAUCUUCUUUUUUUUUCGUGGUUCCUUUUGUUACCUUUCUUUUUACCAAAAAAUCUUAUAUACCUUGAGGGCUUCAUGUUUGUGUCUUUUUCAUCUUAUUUUUGAUAAUUUUUUCCAUUCUAUUCUAUUCUAUCUUUUUUUCUUUGACCUCUUCUAUUUUUACUCAUCUAAUCUCUCUCUCUCUCAAUGUUACUCUAUCAUCUAAUUUUAUCUUCCACCUAAUCAUCGAAAUCUUUAUGUAAUUUUGAUGCUGAUUAGUUAAUUUUUUGUCUCUGCAAAUAGAAAUUGAAAGAGAAAGAGAGAGAGAAACGUGUUUUUUUUAUUUGAUUUGUUUUCUUUUUCGUUCUAAUUGUUAUCAUCAUCAUCAUCAUCAUGAAAUGUAAACACACCAACAGCAAAUGGUCAACACCGACAUUGAAAACAGUUUGUCCAGAACUAGACCGAAACUGUCACCCAGUUUUGGAUCAACAAUAUUUGAUACAAUCUUUGAAUCUAAUGUCCAGUCGGAAACAUACUAAAAGUAUCGUUGAUUGUGUUGAAAAUGAUGACAAUAAGCAUCAAGUGAUGUUUAAAUCAGCUGAAUAUUGUAAAGUGAAAAGUGUCCAUCAUCAUCUUCCCAAUGCCAAUAAACAAUCACAUUCAUUGGUUAAAUUUUUAUUGACAACAAUAAUUAUCAAUUUGUGUUUAAUUGUUGCUAAUUGUCAACCUCGAUUGCCAACAACAGCAUCAAAUAUUCAAGUUAAUCACAAUCAUCAUCAUAAUCAUCAUAAUCGUCAAUCGCCAUCUCAACCACAAUCAAGCCCCAACAAUAAUCGGCAUCAAAAUUUUGCACCACAAGCUCAAAAUCAACAACAAGCUACACAAUCACAAUCACAAUCACAGCCACAAAACGCCAAUCAUUAUCAACAAUCAAUUCCUUGUCGUGAUUUACCAGAUCACAUUGGAUUACAAAGUUUACCCUGUUACUGUACCUUAGAGCCAAACAAUAUAACCUCAAUUAAUUGCGACUCUGUACCAUUUUUCGGACCAUUUCCAGUUCACCAAUUGACCAAUACACUUGCUAGCACCCCCGUUGGCACUAUUAAUCAAUCACCCUCAUCGAUUUUCAUCCGCCGUGUAUCAAGCUACUCCCAACGAAAUGCUGGUAUUCAAAGUUUACAAUCACAAAUGUUUACCGCCAGUGGAAUUAAAUUACGUCGACUUGAUUUUUCCCAUAAUUUAUUGAGACGUUUCCAUGAGCGUUUCCUUGACGGAAUUGAAUCAACUCUAAUUGAAAUCAAUUUCUCCCACAAUCUACUUGGUGAUACAUUAAAUCCAAUCUUCUCAACCAAUGAAUUUUACCUUCUCUCAUCAUUACAAUCACUAGAUUUAUCUUAUAAUCAACUGAGAGCAUUAGAUUCAAACAUUUUCAAAGGAUUAAAAAAUUUAACGCAAUUAAAUCUAAAUGGUAACCAGUUUACAACAAUACCUUACCCAUCUUUAUCAUCUCUUCGUACCCUCAAGGUACUUGGCCUUGCAUCUAAUCGUCUAACCGAACUGACCAUUCACAGUUUCCCUCCCUCACUGUCCAGUUCCCUGCGAACCCUUAAUCUAACCGGUAAUCGGCUAACAAACCUGGCAACAGGUUCACUCUCCCACCUUACCCAGCUAACUGACCUUUACCUUGCCCACAAUCAGCUGACCCACCUAAAACCAAGCUCAAUGGAAGGGUUAACCUCACUGGAGACUCUUGACCUUUCCUCUAACCUAUUGGAUAAUGUACCAACCGAGACUCUAAAUGGCCUUCGAAAACUUCGUAAACUCUACCUUGGUUCAAAUCUCAUUGAAACCCUGGAAAAAGAUGGCCUUGGCCUUGGAGAUUUACCGUUACUUGAACUUCUUGACCUUUCUCGAAACAAUCUCAUCUCAUUGGGUGAUCGUCAUGUUUUCACAGGACUUCCCAAAUUGAAAACUCUUGAUCUGGGCUACAAUUCCUUACGAAAACUGGACCUUGCAGAGGAACAAUUAUUUGCUCCAUUAACUAGAUUGGAAACUCUUGACCUUACAGAUAAUUCAUUGGAAUCAUUUCCAGUUCACCUCAUGUAUCCAUUGACCAGUUUAAGGAAAUUAUUCCUCGAUUAUAAUCGUAUCAAUGAGCUAACAGAAGAAGCUGUUAUCUCCAUUGGUCCAUCUCUCGAUGAAUUAUCAAUGGCUUACAAUCAACUGACCAGUUUACCCCCUUACCUUGCCACUCGAUCCAAAAAUCUUCGUCUUCUCAACCUUCAUGGUAAUCAGAUCACCCUAAUCAAUCAAGAAUUAUUUGAUCCCAUUUCUGAGGCUAUUCUAGGUCUUGAUAUGGGUCAUAAUGAACUGACCACCCUCUCCAAAUUAGCCUUUCCUCGUCUCAUGAUACUUAAUCUGGCUUCCAAUCAAUUGUCCACUCUGGAAUCUGAUACUCUUAUUGAUCUUCCCUCAUUAAGACACUUCAAUCUCUCAUAUAACCUUCUUACUCUUCUACCACCUUCCCUGUUCAUUGGUAACUCUCACCUUGAAGUUAUCGACCUCUCCUCGAAUUUAAUUGAACAACUUGAUAAAGGAUCUUUCACCAAUGGAUCAAGUUUCACUGUUAUUAAUUUAUCUCGUAAUCAUAUAAAGGAAAUUUCCUCAGGCACUUUUCAAGGACUCAAUAGACUCUCAAAACUUGACCUUUCCUUCAAUGAACUGUCCACUCUUAAACCUGGAACUUUUAGUGAAACUCCUUCUCUGCGAACUCUCAAAUUAUCUUCUAAUCGAUUGACUUCACUUAAGGGCGAAUUUUUCACCCACCGGACUCGCAUUGAGAAUCUUGACCUGUCUGACAAUAGUAUUUCUUACCUGUACCCCAAUAGUUUCACUGGUCAUCGGAGACUUCGAAUCCUUAAUCUGGCCUCAAAUAAACUCUCUUACUUUCCCGCUGAAAUAUUAACUGGACUCAGAUAUUUGACCAGCAUCAAUUUAUCGAGAAAUAAAAUCCAUUCCCUUGAUUCAUCUGAUUUCGCCAAUAUGCCACUACUACGAACCAUUGACCUCUCAUCUAAUGGACUUACCUACAUUGGUCAAAAUUCAUUUUCCAAUUCAACUUUACUUCAAACUAUUGACCUUUCACAGAAUUCAAUAAGUUCACUUGACCGGGCAACUUUUAAGGGAUUAGCUCGAUUACGUCUCGAUUUAUCAUCUAAUCUGUUAACAACUUUACCUGGAGAAAUGUUUUCAAGGUCUUAUGUUAAUCGUUUGGAAACAAUUAACUUAUCAUCAAACAAUUUCACUCACUUUCCACUUGAUUCACUUUCUCAUCAAUAUUUAAAUCUCCAGUCAAUCGAUUUAUCCUCCAAUAGGUUAACCUCUCUACCUUCAAAUGUUAACCUAAUGGUUAACAUUAAAUCACUCGAUGUUUCUAACAAUCCAUUGAGCUCCGAAGCAAUCAGUUCAUUACUUUCCGAGCCUAAGAGUAUACGAAAUUUAAAUGUGGCCUUAACUGGUCUAAACGGGCUACCACCAAUCAUGGAAACUCCUUUUCUCCGGAACCUCAAUGUUUCUGGUAAUAACAUUACGCACUUUAAGGCCACUACCUUACAAAAAGUCGCUCUCCUCGAAAGUCUGGACUUUUCUCAUAACGAACUUUCAUCUCUAAGUAACUUAAUCCAUGGACUUUCCCCUGCAGCCAAUGAGCUUCGUUUUCUAAAUCUAAAUGGUAAUCCAUUGACCUCAAUUCGUAAGGAUGAUUUCAAAGGAUUAAUCUCCUUGGAAACUUUGGACAUCUCGAACCUGACCAGUCUCAAAAGCUAUGAUUGCGAUUCGUUGGCAUCAUUAGGUAAUCUACGAACUCUCUACAUGUUUGGAUAUCCAUCAUUGGAAAGUUUAUCAGUCCAAGAGUGUUUAGCUUACCUUCCUGUUAAACUUGAGCAUCUUGGGGUUGAAGUUAAAGAAGAUCAUCUUCAGGGUCACUUACAGAAAGCUUUUUCUCCACGUUUGACCGAAAUUCUUGUAACGGGUAGCAAGUUGACCUCACUCUCUCCUUCAUGUUUAAGUGGCCUUAAAAGUCCAACACUUAGUUUAACCCUAACAGAUACUUCCAUCUCACUCAUCCCUAGUAAUCUGUUCAGUCCACUUCCAAUGUCCACUAAAAUUGAUCUUGCUCUUCAAUCCAAUGAAAUCACCUCACUGGACAGUAAAUUUUUGAUCACACUGGACAAUAAACCGACAAAUAUAAAAAUCUCUGGACUUCCCAUGAAUCCAAUCAUUUGUGACUGUAGCCUUGAACCAUUGUACAAAUGGUUAGCCGAGAAAAUGUCAAAAAUCAAUUGGUUUCAUAACAAUUUACCAAUCGAUUCAAUUGACAAAUUGACCUGUGCAGGUCCAGAAUCAUUGAGUGGUUAUCGUCUUAUCGAGUUGACACCCGAAGAUUUAACCUGUGGUGAUAUACUCAAUGAAUCAUCUGUGGAAUCAUCCGUCUCAUCGUCUUCAACAUCAGUCUCAUCAACCACCCCGGAGAUAAUUUCUGAAGCACCAACAUCGAUUUCACCAACAAUCAGAAAAACGGGUGGAGUUUAUGGUUCAUCGUCAGGAUCACGAAAACCAGAGAUCAUCUUCCAAUCAAGUCGCCGACCUCAUCUAACCUCAUCAUCAUCAUCAUCAUCGUCAUCGUCUCGAGGAGGAAUAUUGAAACCUCGAAUCAAUGAUCCUACCCAUAGGCGAACAGCCUUAACCAAAGUGGACACUAUGAUUAUCGGUAUAGCCGCAGGGGUUAUCGCGUUUGUUUGUAUUCUUAUAUUAAUCAUCUGUGUAAUUAGAGCUCGAUCAUCAACAUCAACCAUUGACACAAGUUAUGGUUCUGCUUAUCAUGGUUUUGGUUCCGGACAAAACAUUAUUGGUAAUGGCGGAAAUUUAGGAACUGCAACCUUACGCAGUGCCGGUGGACAUGGAAACUGUACCUGUCUCAAGCCAAUGGCUUGUAACUCAUGCUAUGUACCCAGUAUCGAUAAUGGUACAGGGACAUUACGCCCAAGUUUAAGCUAUUACGGAAGUGAAACAAUUCGUCCAGUGCCAAUUAAAAUGAUUUCAUCAACAACCGGGACAAUUAACCGUAUCAAUGGAAACGGAAAGACUCCCAGCUAUUACAUUUCCUAUCCAGAAAUGGAUGAACAUAAAUGAAAAUUUCAACAAUUAACGAGCAUAUAUUAAUAUAAUUUUUGACAUUCUAAUCUGUUAUCAUAACUUCAUCACGAUUUUGACAGAGAAAUGGAAACCAAAUCGAAAUCAAUUUUUGUUAUUUUAUUAUUUUAGAGAAAAAGAAAGAUUCAUAUUCCAUAUUCAUCUUCAUCAUCGUCACGAAGCAACAAAAUAAAAACUAUGAUGAAAUUACAUCGGGAAAAAAGUGGAACAUUGGAAAAUGUUGAUUAA